CCUGCUGCUCCUUCACCACGAACAGUUGCUGGCACUUAGGGCGUGUCUCUCAGCCUCUGUCAUUGCCCUGCUGCUGGUUUUCCCCGUUCUCCACACGGUCACUGACAGUUCUGUUCUGAAUGACCUAACUUGUACUUAUGAUCAGCUCAGCUCCAUAUAGGAAUAAGUGUAAUGAAAACUGUAAGUCAAAAUAUUACUCCAAAUUAGCUGUGUGGAAGGGAAAUCUUUCUUCCCCUGGAACAGCUUUCCGAGAUGUGGUCAACUCUUUAUAGUUUAUGUAUUUAUCAUUUUGGAUGUUUGGUUACUUUAAAAGCAUUCUCAUUUAGAAAGUUCAUACUCAUAAUGACCUGGGGAAGUUUCCUUCUAGACAAAAUAGUGAACUAAUUGGAAGGAUGUGAACACCAACUAUUUGGCAUUUGAUUUCUUGAAGGGGAGGAGAAUUGAUAAAAACAUUUGGCCUGCGUGACCCAUCCUGCCAGAAUCUUUUCCUUGGUUGAUACUUCUGUGUUCCAGGUGGCUCCAUAUUCCAAGGAACCCAGAGACCCCGACCAGUGUGGCUCAGGGAGGAGAGAAGGGGGACCUGCUUCCGUCUCUUGGAAACAGGCUAUCUCUGAUGGGCUGGUUUUCCUUUUACAGAAUUGAAUGAGUCUGGAAACUGGGGAUAUCUGAGCCACUGCCCUUCACUGAGACCCUAUGCAAAGAUGUUGGGUGGGAUCAGCCACUUUGCUCUCUGCUUCUAGGGAGCAGCACCUAGUCAGAUACAGGGUGACCUAGGGAUAUGGUUACAAGGAUUAUUCUCUGUUCUGUCCUAGUGGAUAGGUCCUUGUGAAACCAAAACAGAUUGUUUUGGGAAAUAAUUGACUCAUCUGCUGCCAAUUCUUAACAGGAAGAGCCAUGACUAAACACUCUCCCCACACUGAUUUCUUUCUAUCCUGGCUCUCUAGCGUCAUCAGCUGGUAGACAAACACUACAGCGAAUGCAGUUCCAUCUGCCAGGAAUUUAUCCUGUGGAGAUACUCAGACAAGUGUCAACUGGGUGAACAAAGGUUUUCACUGCUGCUUUGUUUAUAGCAGCAAAUAUGGAAAGGAACCUAUGUGUCCAUCAAAAAGGGACUGUUUAUAUCAUAGCAUAUCCACCUAGUGGAAUAUUAAAAUCUCUGUUAAAAAGAACACAUUACUGAAGAGAACCACAAGCCUUCAAAACUAUCAUCAUUUAUGAUACCUGGGCAGGUUUAUAUUUCUUAAAACAUUCUGCAUAUUUAAUGUUUUAAACAUUCUUUAAGGUAAGCUUUUAUUUUAGUAAAAACACUUUUUUUUUUUUUUAAGUAAUCUCUACACCCAACGUGGGGCUUGAAAACUCACGACUCCUAGAUCAAGAGUCUCAUGCUUGACCAGCUAAGCCAGUCAGGUGCCCCUCUCACGAAGAAAACUCUUUACCAGAGUUACACCACCGUGAAUUUACAUUUCUUUCUCCUGAGAUUUUACUGGUUCAUAUUAAGACCUUAGUCUGUCAGCCAGCUAUCACACAGCCUCAGUGAGAUGAGUUUUCGUUGAGACUGUAAUAUUGACCAGCAGGGUGGGGUUUCUCCUUAAAAGUUAGUAUUAGCUAUGGUAGGGGAGCAAGUUAAUUAAGUGGAGUCACUUUCAGGAGGAGUUGAUCCUGCUUCUCUUCCAGGUACAGGUCAUAGACCAUACUGAUGACUGAACUGCAGGACAUGAAAAUAGAAACUUAUAUUCAUGCCACAGCAAUCCGUAGGUACCAGGAUUGAGCGUGUGUGUAGAGUUCAUUGCCUGACAGAGAUUUUGGUAGAAUAGGAUUGAAACUACCACAUCACUGUGUAACUUUGGACAAGUUCAGCCUGUUUUUCUAUCACUUGGAUGGGAACAAUCAUACAUUUUUCACGAGGUACUGGAUUAAAUGGGGUAGCUCAUCGAGUACUUGGCAUUCAGUGUGUCAGUGGCAAGGAAAUCAUCCAGUAGAAUGACAAAAUUAACCACCAGACUUUGUCCUUUCCCUUACCGUGUUUCUAAGGUGUUAGAAGUAACAGCAAAUAAAAUGCCCACUCUUUAAAAACCCUCAUUCCUAUGAAUUCAUUUUUCCUCUUCUCAGGAGGAGGAAAACAUGUAAAAUGUGUUCUGAUAUUGAAAAAUCCUCAUUUCCUUGUCUAAAAUUUUAUCAAGGUAAAUUAAACUGAGAUGAAAGAUUUACAAGUUAGUCAGAACUUAGUAAUAAAUAAUCAUACUUCUUAUUAACUAGAAAGGGCAUACCAGGAAUAGUGUGCCGAGGACAAAGGAUUUAGAGAUUGACUGUGUUGCCCAAAGAAGUGUUGCAAGACAAAUAGACUUUAAUAAAACAUUUAGAAAUGAGUCACUCGGGGCGCCUGGGUAGCUCAGUUGGUUAAGCGACUGCCCUCGGCUCAGGUCAUGAUCCUGGAGUCCCGGGAUCGAGUCCCGCAUCGGGCUCCCUGCUCGGCAGGGAGUCUGCUUCGUCCUCUGACCCUCCCCCCUCUCAUGCUCUCUCUCUCUAUCUCAUUCUCUCUCUCAAAUAAAUAAAUAAAAUCUUUGAAAAAAAAAAAAAGAAAUGAGUCACUCGGGCGCUUUUAUCUAUGUAAAAAAAUAAACUUACUCUACUAAGAAAUAUAUACAUUGCAAUCCCUAAGAAGACUAAGCAGUAUUAGGCAGAAAAACAUUUUGCUAGAGAAAUAAAAUGUGAGCUUUCGUCACUGAAAACCGUUGUAGCACCACUGAUGUGUAGUACGGCUAGAACUACUUCGCACGGUGAAGAUGUGUAGUUCAUGUUAGUGGCAACAAACCCGUGGUAAGGAAGUACUGAUUUUUAUUCAUCCCAGCUCCUUGCAUGAUGCUGAGAGAAGUACAAAAUAUGGUUAAUAUUAUGUGAUAUAUGAUACAGAUAAGAGGGUUUUUGGUGCACAUAUCCAAUGCAGAGGAGAGUUCAUGAGCACGAGUACAACAGGAGUAGGUAAUACCGUGAGGAGGAUUAAAACCAGGAGCCGUGACCAGGAGGUUAACCCAGACUUGCAGUAAUUAGGAGAGAACCUUCUCUCCAAACCCCAUGACCAAAAGUCAGAUCAGUAGAGGCCCAUCAUUCUGAGACCUCUAGAAAAUGAAAAGGUGCGGCGGGAAGCGUUUUCUUCAGAUACAUGGUGGGAAUCUCAAAGACCUUCGGAUUAUUAGACCCUGUUUGCUUUUCUAGAGUGAAUAUGGAUAUAAUUUAUUUACUAAAUAUUUGUUGAGUUUUCCCAGCUAUUUUCCAGUUACUCAUCAAAAAAUAUUUGAGGGUCUGCUUGGGGCCAGCUACAAAAUUGACUGAAGUUAGGUUUUCUUUUCUUAAGAAAGUUCAGUCUGGUCACAAACAGGCGGUUACUGUAGGGGGUGGCAUAGGCCUCAAGAGUCAGGGCUCUGCACUGAGGGUGGAGGAGUGAUGCUUUGGAACUGGAGAGUAUGGAGGUUUGGGGCAUGUCAGCCCCACCAAAGAAUCUGAGAAUGUUUUGUUUAUUUUAUUUAUUUGUUUAUUUGACAGAGAGGGAGAGAGAGAGCAAGCACAAGCAGGGGGAAAGGCAGGCAGAGAGAGAGGGCGAGGGAGAAGCAGGAUCCCUGCUGAGCAGAGAGCCUGAUGCAUUACUCGAUCCCAGGACCCUGAGAUCAUGACCCGAGCUGAAGGCAGAGGCUUAACUGACUGAGCCAUCCAGGCGCCCCCUGAGAGUGUUUUAAAGAGAUGGUGUCUUCUGGGUAGAGCCAGGUUUAGUUAGGUCGUUUCUGAGGAUCCAGGAGGAAAGCUUGGGAGGGAAAAGAGUAGCAGUAUAUGGUUGGGUUUGGGAAGGUGAAGUAUAUGAUAGUAAAGGAGAGUGGAAAGGCCUAGAGUGUGGAGUGCUAAAUUUUGAGUGGUGACCAAAGAUAAACUAAGAUAAGAGGCAUGGUGGAUUGGGGUGCCUGGGUGGCUCAGUUGGGUAAGCAUCUAAUUCUUGACUUUGGCUCAGGCCAUGGUCUCCAGGUCGUGAGAUCGAGCCCUGAAUUGGGCUCUGCGCUCAGUGCAGAGUCUGCUUGAGAUUCUCUCUCCCUUUUCUUCUGACCCCCCCCAACCCCUGCUCGCACUCUCUCUCUAAAUAAAUAAAAUCUUAAAAAAAAAAAAAAUGAAGCAUGGUGGAUUUAGCUGGCCAUCAGAUUCCCAAAUGAAUUGGUUCCAGCUGUGCUGCACUGGGGGAAGGUGAGAACUCCCAUCUCUAAGAUGGUGUGUACCACCAAUAUAGAUCACCAAAUAAUGACCCACAAUUCAGAAUAGUGAAAGAAGAAUAGCAAAGUUGAUCAUAUGGAUGAAUAAAAUAAUUCAUUUUUUAGACUUUUCAGCAUCACACUGCAGAGGGUCUUAAGAGUUAAUACCAGUCAGACCUUCCAUUUGGCAGUCAUUGGAAGGCCUUUUCAACAUGCCUAAAGAGGGAGUGUUAGUAAAUUGCUUAGUAGAACCAAGAUUUUAAACAGCCUCACCCUGGAGUCAUGUUUCAAAAGGACUUAAAGUGGACCUUACCCAAAUUCUCCCUCCUCCAAAGAAAGAAAAGAAAUCUGAGCAUUGAAUACUUUUCUCUAUCUUUUGACAUACCCUGACAGAUUUUUUUUGUUGUUGUCCUAAUUCGUUCUGUGUUCUGAAACAUACUUGAGAAACCUGAGCACAAUGAUGAGGAUGGUAAAAGGACGCUGACUCAUUUUAUGUGAAGUAUGAUGGAUGAAACUAGGAUUAUGUAGCCUAAAGAAGGGAAGGUUUAAAAGCAUCCUGUGAAGAAAAGAAAUUAAAUGUAUCUGUUGCUGGACCUGUGGAUGUGAAUGGUCACAUGGGGAGCAUUACUGGAGGGCAGGCAAGGGGAAAGAAAUGUCUUUUGGAAAGUAUACCCAAGAGCCUCUUGGACACCUCUACCUGCAUUAUCCUUAGAUGCCUUGAAACUGACCUCUCCUCCUCCUGGUGCCAACCGCCUGUGACUACAUGAGGAGCCACAUCAGGGUCAGAAUGCUUGCUUUGUCAUCCAGAGCACAGGACUCCUGGUUGUCAAAUUUAAAAGUUCUGAAUCACUCCCCAAUGUCUGAUGCCUCUGUCAAUUUUGACUACAAAUCCCCCUCCCCGUUUGACCACAGCACUGAUCAGGAAGAGAAAAUUGAAGAUGUUGCCAGUCACUGUCUGCCUCAGGAGGCCCUGUAUGCUGCUGAGGAGGAAGCUGAGACCCUUUUUCCUAGGAAAAUGACAUCCCAUAAUGGAAUGGAGGACAGUGGAGGGGGAGGCACUGGAGUAAAGAAGAAAAGGAAGAAAAAGGAUCCAGGGGAGCAAGAGGGUACAGCAAAGGGAAGCAAGGACAGGGAGCCCAAGCCAAAGAGGAAGCGAGAACCUAGAGAGCCAAAGGAACCCAGGAAGGCCAAGGAGCCCAAGAGGGCCAAGGAGCCCAAGGAGCCUAAGCAGAAGGAUGGAGCCAAGAAAGCGCGGAAGCCCCGGGAGGCCUCGGGCACCAAAGAGGCCAAAGAGAAGAGGAGCAGCGCCGACUCUGUAGCCAGGACGAAGUCCAAGAAGGCCAGCAAGGAGCAAGGACCAACCCCAGUGGAGAGAAAGAAGAAAGGAAAGAGGAAAAGUGAAACCACAGUGGAAAGUUUAGAGCUGGAUCAGGGCCUGCCGAACUCAUCCCUGCGGAGUCCUGAGGAGUCCACUGAAUCUGCAGACAGCCAGAAACGACGCUCAGGACGGCAGGUGAAGCGCAGAAAAUACAACGAGGACCUGGACUUCAAAGUGGUAGAUGAUGAUGGGGAAACAAUCGCUGUUCUCGGGGCUGGCCGGACAUCCGCCCUCUCGGCUUCUACACUGGCUUGGCAGGCAGAGGAGCCUCCAGAAGAUGAUGCAAACAUCAUUGAGAAGAUCCUGGCGUCUAAGACCGUCCAGGAGGUUCACCCAGGAGAACCCCCAUUCGACUUGGAGCUAUUCUACGUUAAGUAUAGAAAUUUUUCCUACUUACAUUGUAAAUGGGCCACAAUGGAAGAGCUGGAAAAGGAUCCUCGCAUCGCACAGAAGAUCAAGCGAUUUAGGAAUAAACAAGCCCAGAUGAAGCACAUUUUUACUGAGCCUGAUGAAGACUUGUUCAACCCGGACUAUGUAGAAGUUGAUCGAGUCCUGGAGGUGGCCCACACCAAAGAUGCAGAAACAGGAGAGGAAGUGACGCAUUACCUGGUGAAGUGGUGCUCGCUGCCUUAUGAAGAAAGCACGUGGGAGCUAGAGGAAGACGUAGAUCCUGCAAAAGUUAAAGAAUUUGAGUCUCUUCAGAUUCUCCCUGAAAUUAAGCAUGUGGAGAGGCCUGCUUCAGACUCCUGGCAGAAACUGGAGAAGUCUCGAGAGUAUAAGAACAGUAACCAGCUCCGGGAGUACCAGCUAGAGGGGAUGAACUGGCUUCUUUUUAACUGGUAUAACAGAAAAAACUGUAUUUUGGCUGAUGAGAUGGGCCUCGGGAAAACCAUCCAGUCCAUCACAUUUCUCUCUGAGAUAUUCCUCCGGGGAAUCCACGGCCCAUUCCUCAUCAUCGCCCCACUCUCCACCAUCACGAACUGGGAGCGGGAGUUCCGGACGUGGACAGAGAUGAAUGCCAUUGUGUACCAUGGCAGCCAGAUCAGCAGGCAGAUGAUCCAGCAGUAUGAGAUGGUGUACAGAGACGCACAGGGAAACCCCCUUUCAGGAGUCUUCAAGUUCCAUGUUGUCAUCACAACGUUUGAGAUGAUACUGGCAGACUGCCCAGAGCUGAAAAAGAUUCACUGGAGCUGUGUGAUAAUUGACGAAGCCCACAGAUUGAAGAACAGGAACUGCAAACUUCUGGAGGGUCUAAAGCUCAUGGCCCUGGAACACAAAGUGCUGCUCACUGGGACACCCUUGCAGAACUCUGUGGAGGAGCUCUUCAGCUUGCUGAAUUUUCUGGAGCCAUCACAGUUUCCUUCAGAGACUGCUUUCUUGGAGGAAUUUGGAGAUCUGAAAACAGAGGAACAGGUGAAGAAACUGCAAUCUAUCCUAAAACCCAUGAUGCUUCGGCGGCUGAAAGAUGAUGUGGAAAAGAACCUUGCUCCCAAACAAGAGACGAUCAUUGAAGUAGAGCUGACCAAUAUCCAGAAAAAGUACUACCGUGCUAUCCUGGAGAAGAACUUUUCCUUCCUGACCAAGGGGGCAAAUCAGCACAACAUGCCCAAUCUCAUCAACACCAUGAUGGAGCUGAGAAAGUGCUGUAACCAUCCCUACCUGAUCAAUGGGGCAGAGGAGAAAAUUCUGGAAGAUUUCCGGAAAACCCACAGCCCUGAUGCCCCCGACUUUCAGCUGCAGGCCAUGAUUCAAGCAGCAGGGAAGCUGGUGCUGAUUGAUAAACUGCUCCCUAAGCUGAUUGCAGGUGGUCACAAAGUACUCAUCUUCUCCCAGAUGGUGCGCUGUCUCGAUAUCCUGGAAGAUUAUCUCAUCCAGAGAAGAUACACCUAUGAGCGAAUUGAUGGGCGAGUACGGGGAAACCUGCGCCAGGCAGCCAUCGACCGGUUCUGUAAGCCAGACUCAGACCGCUUUGUCUUUCUUCUGUGCACCAGAGCGGGAGGCCUGGGCAUCAAUCUCACAGCCGCCGAUACCUGCAUCAUAUUUGAUUCAGACUGGAACCCACAAAAUGACUUGCAGGCUCAGGCCCGAUGUCACCGGAUAGGCCAGAGCAAGGCCGUGAAGGUGUAUCGCCUCAUUACUCGGAACUCCUACGAGCGGGAAAUGUUUGACAAGGCCAGCCUAAAGCUGGGCCUGGACAAAGCUGUUCUUCAGGACAUAAACCGAAAGGGCAGCACCAAUGGAGUACAACAGCUCUCAAAAAUGGAGGUAGAGGACCUGCUCCGGAAAGGUGCUUAUGGAGCCUUAAUGGAUGAGGAAGAUGAAGGCUCCAAGUUCUGUGAAGAAGACAUAGACCAGAUUCUGCAGAGAAGAACCCACACCAUCACCAUCCAGUCCGAAGGGAAAGGGUCUACUUUCGCCAAGGCUAGCUUUGUGGCUUCAGGAAACAGGACAGAUAUUUCCUUAGAUGACCCAAACUUUUGGCAGAAAUGGGCUAAAAUAGCUGAACUGGACACUGAAGCAAAGAAUGAAAAGGAGAGCUUAGUGAUCGACCGGCCUCGAGUGAGAAAGCAGACCAAACACUACAAUUCCUUUGAGGAGGAUGAGCUCAUGGAGUUCUCCGAGCUAGACAGUGACUCCGAUGAAAGGCCCACGAGGUCCAGACGCCUCAAUGACAAAACCAGGCGCUACCUCCGAGCUGAGUGCUUCCGGGUGGAGAAGAACCUGCUCAUCUUUGGCUGGGGCCGGUGGAAGGACAUCCUGACUCAUGGGCGAUUCAAGUGGCAUCUGAAUGAGAAGGACAUGGAGAUGAUUUGCCGGGCCCUGCUGGUAUACUGUGUCAAGCAUUACAAGGGGGACGAGAAGAUCAAGAGUUUCAUUUGGGAAUUGAUCACACCUACCAAAGAUGGGCAGGCCCAGACCCUCCAGAACCACUCAGGGUUGUCUGCUCCAGUCCCCAGAGGGAGGAAGGGGAAGAAGACAAAGAACCAGCUGCUGCUCCCAGAGUUAAAGAAUGCAGACUGGCUGGCCACCUGCAACCCCGAGGUAGUCCUCCAUGAUGACGGCUAUAAGAAACACCUCAAACAGCACUGCAAUAAGGUACUUUUGCGAGUCCGGAUGCUGUACUACCUAAAAGCUGAAAUACUGGGAGAGGCAGCUGAGAAAGCGUUUGAAGGAACCCCUGCCAGGGAACUAGAAGUGCCUCUGCCUGACAUUGACUACGUGGAGAUCCCAGUGGAUUGGUGGGACGCUGAGGCCGAUAAGUCCCUUCUGAUAGGCGUGUUCAAACAUGGGUAUGAGAGGUACAAUGCCAUGCGAGCAGACCCGGCACUUUGCUUCCUGGAGAAAGUCGGGAUGCCAGAUGAGAAGUCCCUUUCUGCAGAACAGGGUGUUACGGAUGGGACCCCAGACAUUCCUGACAGAGGCAACAUGGAUAAAGAAGACAACACUGAAGACAAGUUAGAUGGCCUGCAGAAGCAAAUGGAGAGUUCCCGUGAUGGAGGUGAUGGCAUUUUUGGCGAAAAGAAGGAUGACAGCCAGGCAGCCCAGGAUGGCUCCGACCCAGACAAAUCACCCUGGCCAGUUUCAUCUGCACUCACGGCUCGCCUCAGACGUCUGGUCACUGUGUACCAGCGCUGUAACCGCAAAGAACUCUGCCGACCAGAAAUCCUGGGACCAGGUAACCAAGGAUACUGGGUCCAGGAAGAGAUGUUCAGGAGAACCUCAGAAAUGGAUCUCAUCAACAAGGAAGCUCAAAAGAGGUGGACUAGGAGAGAGCAAGCCGACUUCUACAGAGCAGUGUCCUCCUUUGGGGUUGUUUAUGAUCAAGAAAAGAAAACUUUUGACUGGACACAGUUCCGCAUCAUUUCCCGUUUGGACAAGAAGUCGGAUGAGAGCCUGGAGCACUACUUCUAUAGUUUUGUGGCCAUGUGCCGGAACGUCUGUCGUCUGCCCACAUGGAAGGAUGGCGGUCCCCCAGAUCCCAGCAUCUACGUGGAACCCAUCACUGAGGAACGGGCCGCGAGAACUCUGUACCGCAUCGAACUGCUGCGGAAGGUCCGAGAGCAAGUGCUGAGGUGUCCGCAGCUGCACGAGCGCCUCCAGCUCUGCAGGCCCAGCCUCUACCUCCCGGUCUGGUGGGAGUGUGGGAAGCACGAUCGAGACCUGCUCGUCGGCACCGCCAAACAUGGGCUGAACCGCACUGACUAUUACAUCAUGACCGACCCCCAGCUGUCCUUCCUGGACGCCUACAGAAACUAUGCCCAACAUAAGAGAACGGACACCCAGGCACCAGAAAGUCUCUGUUGCCUUUACCAGACCAACUCCAAACUAUACGAAUCUCUCACAUACACUCAGAUGAGCAGGACUUCAGAGCCCCUUGAAAAUGAGCCUGAGAAUCUAGUGAAAAUAGAAGGUAGAGAUGAUCAUCUGGCUGCACCUGCGGGCAGUUUAUCCGACAUGACUUGUGAAAACUUUAUUUCUAAAGUUCAGGAUGUCAUUUCCAUCCCCCACGAUGAACGUCUGCUGCCUGAGUCCUUGGAGGGCAUGAUGUAUGGUAAGAAGGCCCUGAGUCGGAAGCCGGGCUCUUUUCAGGAGAGCCGCACUACCAGGACAGAACCCAGAAGGGAUGCUCUGGCCGUCUCGGCCAGCGAGGAUGGGAAUUGGCAGCCUGGUGGCCGCGAGGCAGAAACAUCUGCAGGCCCCUCUUUUAUGGACAGCUUAGAAGCAGGAGUAGCUCAGAUGAACAUCAAAAAUGGAAAACAUCUGUUGCUGUCUCUUUCGAGGGAAGGGGAGCUCUGCAGUGACACGGGGCAGAGACCUGAAAGCAUUGGGCAGCUAGAAGCCAAAUGCUUAGCUUCCCCUUCCUUGGAUCAAGGAAAUGAAAGUGGGUUUGUAGAUAUGUGCAAUCUUAGUGUCUGUGACUCCAGAAGAAGCCUGUCAUCAGAUCAGCAAUUAAUUGAUUUAUUAGAAAACAAAAGUUUAGAAAGUAAAUUGGUUUUGAGUCAGAACCACAGCGAUGAGGAGGAGGAAGAGGAGAAUGAAGAGGAGAAUGUAGGCGUGGCCGCAGGCCUGAGGCAAAGGCCCGAGGUUGUGCAUCUAGCCGAGCCCACUGCUGAUAUCCUGAGGGAAAAGAGCCGAGGCUUCCAUGUGGAGGAGGCCAUGAGCCAGAGCCCUGGACUGCAGGGGGCAUUUCCUCCAGCAGCCUGUCUGUGUCACUGCAAGCACCCAGAGGGGUGGACGCGUGGCCUCGAGAGCGAGGAGCUGGAAGUGGAGAAACCCAAGGGUUAUAACCCAGACAUGUACAGAAACAAGACCAAUAGUGUCACAGUGGAGCCUGAGCCCCCUGCUCCUCCGGCAGAGCCGUGUCAGGGGAAGCACGAGCUGUUAAAAGAGCCUUGGAAGGACAGUGCUGAGGGGAAAAAAGCUUUCGCUGUGUAUCCGGAGGCCAGUGAGCUCAAGUCCGAAGACAUGGAUUUUGAGAGUAAAGAUGAUUAUGACCGAGACGGGAACGGCCAUGCUCAAGCCUUCUUUACAGAUUACCCAGGGAAAUAUUCUGAAGAGGAGACCAAAAGCUCGACAUCAGGCAUUGCAGGAGACCUUGGGGAUGACCUGCAGGAGGCUCGGGCUCCCACCAUUGCUCAGCUGCUCCAGGAGAAGACCCUCUUUUCCUUCUCCGAGUGGCCAAAGGAUCGCGUGAUAAUCAACCGCCUGGAUAAUAUCUGCCACGUGGUGUUAAAGGGGAAGUGGCCGUCCGGCCCGCGGUACGAGCCCUCGGGCACCCUGCCCCCGCCGGCGUUAAGCAGCAGUACUUGUUCUCGGGGGAGCCUCUCGGAGCCAGAAGCGACCGAACUCGGCUUCAGCGGGGGUGCAGCAUUGGUGGCCCCGAUCCAGAAGGAGACCUUCCUGGCUCCAGUAUUCACAAAGGAUGACCAGAAGCACAGACGUCCCUACGAGUUUGAGGUGGAGAGGGAUGCAAAGGCCCGGAGCCUGGAACAGUUCUCUGCUACCCACGGGCACCCCCCCAUCGUCCUCAAUGGCUGGCACGGGGAAUCCGCAAUAGAUCUCUCCUGCACAUCAGAGGGGUCCCCGGGAGUCACGUCUCCUUUCCCAGUGAGCGCCAGCACCCCUAAGAUCGGGGCUAUCGGUUCACUUCAAGGAGCUCUUGGCAUGGACUUGUCUGGGAUUCUGCAAGCUGGCCUGAUCCAUCCAGUGACGGGACAGAUUGUCAAUGGAAGCCUCAGAAGAGAUGACGCUGCCACAAGGAGGCGGAGGGGGAGACGGAAACAUGUUGAAGGAGGAAUGGACCUCAUCUUUUUGAAGGAGCAGACACUUCAGGCAGGAAUCUUGGAAGUCCAUGAAGACCCAGGGCAGGCCCCCCCGAACACCUCACACCCUGAAGGGCCAGUGGCUGCCACUUCGGCCCCCGAGCCAGCCCCAGCAGCCGGCAGCCAGGCGGAGAAAGCCAUUCCCAGCAAGAGUCUGCUUGACUGGCUGAGGCAGCAGGCCGACUACUCCUUAGAGGUUCCCGGUUUGGGAGCAAAUUUUUCAGACAAACCAAAGCAGAGGAGGCCACGCUGUAAGGAACCUGGAAAAUUAGACGUCAACUCCCUGAGUGGGGAAGAGAGGGUUCCCGCUGUCCCCAAGGAGCCAGGACUAAGGGGCUUUCUCCCAGAAAACAAGUUCAAUCACACCCUGGCUGAGCCUGUUCUUCGAGAUGCGGGCCCCCGCAGAAGGGGGCGGCGGCCUCGGAGCGAGCUCCUGAAGGCUCCUGCCCUCACGGCGGACUCUCCCUCGGGGAUGGGGCCAUUGUUCAUGAACGGACUGAUCGCUGGGAUGGACCUGGUAGGGCUCCAGAACAUGAGAAACAUGCCAGGCAUCCCCCUCACGGGCCUGGUGGGGCUGCCGGCGGGCUUUGCUGCCAUGCCCGCAGGGGAAGAGUCCAGAAGCACCCUGAGCAUGCUGCCCAUGGUGCUGCCAGGAAUGGCUGCGGUGCCCCAGAUGUUUGGCCUCGGGGGCCUCCUCAACGCGCCCAUGGCGACCGCCUGCACCUCCACCGCUCCAGCGCCUCUGUCAAGCACAACAAAAAGUGGUCCACCGGUGCCCGAAAAGACUGUAGAGGACAAGCCAAGUAGCCAUGAUGUAAAGUCGGACACAUUGGCUGAAGACAAGCCUGGUCCUGGUCCAUUUUCUGAUCAGUCCGAACAUGCAAUAACCACCAGUAGUCCUGUGGCUUUUAACCCAUUUCUCAUCCCAGGAGUGUCUCCUGGACUGAUUUACCCAUCCAUGUUUCUCUCCCCUGGCAUGGGCAUGGCUCUGCCCGCAGUGCAGCAGGCCAGACACUCGGAAGUUACAGGUCUGGAGAGCCAGAAGAGGAAGAAGAAGAAAACAAAAGGGGACAGCCUGAACCCCAACCCCGAGCCCACUCCCAGGUCCGAAAAGGAGCCAGGCAGCGAUCAGAACUGCCCCGAAUCCAGGACCCCCGGGCCCCCAGACAGAGAACAUGCAGCCCAGGCCAGGGAAGGGGGCCUCAAAGACUCUAACAGUGACACCAAUUAGAACUUUUUCAUUUAAGAAAUGAUUGUGACUUGUAAGUUUCUUAUCCCAUAAAGGUUUGUUACUUCCUCACUUCACCUUCAUAAGAACCUGUGUUUCCAUAAGUAAUAUUACCUACCUAAUUUUCUGAGAACUGUGGUCACAGAUGUUAAUAGUCGCAGGGUCUUGCCACUUCGUUAGCUGAGUGUCGUCGACCCAGUGUAGGAGGCACCAAAUGCUCAUUCUGUUACCCAGUGGUUCAUUCCAGCAGCCGUAGCUGAUACAGCACUUGGUGACAUGCCCCGCCCCCACUUCUCCAAGUUUCCCCCUUAUUUGAGGAGGGACAAUGGCAAAAGAAAGCUGUCUAGGGAUUUACCAUUAAAGGGCCGAAGAACAGAGACCGUGAGGAGCUCUUUCUUUCCAUGAGCUGUGUUGAAUGGGAAGCAUGUAAUGGGGAAACCAAAAAGCACAGAAAAAGGAAGUGCUGGUGCAUAUUUUUUAGUUCAAAUAUUUCCCUAUUUUAUCAUGAUGACUAAAUGAAUAGUAUAGACAGAAGUAUAUAACUAAUGGUUGAAAAUGCAUAUAUAUUCAUUUCUUUAUAAAACAAAACCUUACUGGUAGUAACAGGACAUCCCCCCUCAUGGUUUUUCAGACACGUGCAGCAAGAAGAAAUACUGACUAGGCAUUAUUUUAUACAUGUGUGUGCUCUCUCCCCCAAGUUAAAGGAUCACUCUCAGUUUGAAAAAGCUUUACACACCCGGAUUUCCUGCCGGCAGUGGGGGCGGGCGAGGGGCUCGCCCUCCGUGGGGCCGCACGCUGCUCAUAAGCACACGGCUGCCAUCUGCUCACCUCGUUCUCAAGAAUCUCUCCGGCCGCUACCAGGGCCCUAGCGGGUUUUUACCUUGUGCUUCCCUUCACCAAGAAUAAGGCUCUUUCUGGAGCCUGGGAGAGUCUCGUCACUCAACACUUUUACACCUUGCUAGUCCCUUCGUCAGAAUUAUUUGAGGUUGUCAGAACAUGUGUGCGCCACCUUUUAUAAAACGACUGUGAACGUUUGUUUCUCCUCUCUGUUUUUUUCUCUCUUCGGUUUCCAUUUUGCAGUUGGACCCAGAUUCCAAAUCACGUUAGCCGAGACGGUUGCAAGUUAACAUCAUUUUCCCUUCUUCCUCACUCGGGAAGCCCCUGCCUGAGGGGCCCUCAUCCCACUUUCUGUCCCUUCCCACUUGUGUUCCAUCCCUCCGGAGGGUCUUACUCUUUAUCGACAGUUCACACUCUGAGACUUGAAUUAAGCUCAUGGUUCAGGACUCUGGGGGCACAGGGCUGUGCAGGACCGUUGGAAAUGUUGGAAGUGUUACUAGUACCAGUUUCACUUUGUAUUGUCACAAUUUACUGUAUUUUUUACUUUUUCUGUUACCGUUUUGCUAAUUUAUCAGAAGGUCCAAAAGUUUGACAUAACUGUUUCAGUUUGCAUUAUUUAUUUAUGAUGCUUUUGUCAUUGUCUUUUAUACAUUUGGGAUUAUAAAUUAUGUAAAUGUUAAAAUGA